GUGGUAAGGGGGGAGGGAGGGAAGGUGAGAUGGUGAGGAGAGAGCAGGAGGAGGAGGAAGAGGAGGAGGGGAAGAGAUAAGUGAUCUAAAGGGGAGACGAUAGGACAAAAAAGUGAUGAUGAUGAAUACAUUGGAAAGUUUUUUGGCCCCGGCGAGGGUGUCAGAUUGAAUGGCCUGUGCGCAUGUGCGAAGGUGUCCAAACUGACAAUGCUGGUGAGAUGAAGAUAGUGUUGUUGCUGCUUCUGGGCUCACGGAGGACGACGAGAGGAAUCUACAAGCCGACAAGAUGAGAUCCAAGGCGAGGGCGAGAAAACUGGCCAAAAAUGACAGUGAGCCAGUGGACAGCAUGUACGACACAGAGGCUGACCUCCCGGGUUUAGCGGCCGGCAGCGGAGGUGGCGCUGACAGCCCAGAAGACGAUGCAGAGGACGGCGUCAUGAACAUGUCCCCCCUGCCGUCACCGACUCCUUCCCAUCCAAACAACAACCACCACCACCUGCUGCACCCCCACAUCUACGCCACCCACCACCACCACCACCACCUCCACAACAACAGCAACAGCAGCAGCAAUGACCAGGACUUCACCACACCCAAGGAGGGCUCGCCCUAUGAGGCGCCUGUCUACAUUCCUGACGACAUUCCCAUUCCCAGCGAACUGGAGCUGCGGGAGUCCUCUGUGCCUGGUGCCGGCCUCGGCGUAUGGGCCAAGACCCACAUUGGCGCUGGCGAGAGAUUUGGUCUGCACAACACACUGCAUCAUGGUGCCACGGGCAAAGAAAGCUCCUUCGGAUGGGAGCAGAUGAUGAAUGACCAUGAAGAAGCUUCCCCUGACAGCUGCGUCAAAAAGGUGGUGGAUGACAUGGGCAACGUCAAGUUUGCGCUGGACACAGGCCCAGAUGCCACCAGCAACAGCUGGCUCAAAUACGUCCGCUCUGCCCCGUCAUUUGAGGAGCAGAACCUCAGCGCCUGUCACCUCACCGGAGACCAGAUUUAUUAUAAAGCUGUGCGGGACAUUGAGGCAGGGGAGGAGCUUUUAGUGUAUAUGAAGGACGGUGUUUUCCCCGAGGGAUCCAUGGCACCCAACCUACAAGACGAGCAGAUGUACCGCUGUGAAGACUGUGAUGAGCUUUUCUCUUCAACACUUGAGCUACGGCGGCACCAGAAGUAUUCGUGCUCCAGCGGCGGCUCCAUCUUUGACGCACUGAGAGAUGACUUCAAACAGGAGCGGGAGGACAGCGACGAGCCGAUCCACGAGUGUAAAGACUGCGAGAAGAUCUUCCCAAAUGAGUACAGUCUGGGCCAACACAUGAUAGUCCACACAGAGGAGAGGGAAUACAAGUGUGACCAGUGCCCCAAAGCCUUCAACUGGAAAUCCAACCUCAUCCGUCACCAGAUGUCACAUGACAGUGGCAAGCGCUUUGAGUGUGAAAACUGUGAUAAGGUACAGCAUACCCGGCACGUGUUCACAGAUCCCAGCAACCUUCAGCGCCACAUCCGCUCCCAGCACGUGGGGGCACGCGCUCACACAUGUCCUGAGUGUGGCAAGACCUUUGCCACCUCGUCAGGCCUCAAGCAGCAUAAGCAUAUCCACAGCAGUGUCAAACCCUUUAUCUGCCCUGAUGGGCUGCGUCUUUUUGCUCCCCCAGGCGAGGUGUGCCACAAAUCCUACACCCAGUUCUCCAACCUCUGCCGCCACAAGCGUAUGCAUGCUGACUGCCGUACCCAGAUCAAAUGCAAGGACUGUGGGCAGUUGUUCAGCACUACCUCCUCCCUCAACAAGCAUCGCCGCUUCUGUGAGGGCAAAAACCAUUAUGGCUCUCCUGCAGGGAUGUUCAACCCUGGCAUCCCCAUGAGCUCUAGUCCCAUCAUGGCCAAGGCCAAGUCCCAUCAUUCCCACCUUCCAGGUCUAAACCAGUCAGGUUUAGGAUUCACUGACUACUUUCCGUCCAGACCUCACCCUCACGCUGGCUUGCCCUUCUCCCCAGGACCCCAUGGCUUCCCAUCACUCCCACAUGGUUUCCCAGGUAUCUUCCCCCCAUCACUGUAUCCUCGGCCACCUUUAUUGCCGGCCAGUUCGUUGAUAAAGAGCCCGCUGAGCAGCAGCAGUCAGGAGGUGAAGCUGCCGCGGAGUCCCCUAGAUGUACCUCCACUGUCCAUGGUUAGUUCCACAAACAGUAAUGGAGGCAACGGUUUGAGUCAGGUGGAAGACAAAGAGAAAGAGAACAAACUGGAUUUGUCUUCUAGUGGAGAAGCCAAGCCAAAAUCUAAGAUGGCAGACAUGUCUGACGGUAGUGAUCUUGAAGACGUUAAUACCACAAGUGGGACAGAUUUGGACACCACAACUGGUACUGCUUCAGGUGAUGGCUCUGACCUGGAGAGCGAUGGAGAGAGUGAACGCGAGCGAAGUGGUAAAAGAAGGAAGCCAUCUGGGGCCAUAUCAAGUCAAGAAGCCCACCAGUUAGAAGACACGAACAGUGCACUGAUAUCAGCCGUGUCUAGUUCGGGGAACCUCGCAAUCGAUCGUCCAUUUCUCUCUUCUGCAUCAUCCCAGCACUCCUUCUUCCCUCCGCCCGACGAGCAAGCCCUCCCACCUGCCACCUCAAAUGCCAAUGCAGCCACCACUGAUUCCAUCAAAGCCAUCGCUUCUAUUGCUGAGAAAUAUUUUGGUCCAGGUUUGAUUGGUCUUCAUCAGGAGAAGAAGAUGGGUCCACUGCCCUACCAUUCCAUGUUUCCCUUCCAGUUCCUGCCCAACUUCCACAACUCCCUCUAUCCCUUUAGUGCUGAUCGAGGCGCCCUUAAUCCUAGCCUGUUCUUUAAGGCAGAGCCCAAGUCACCCCGCGAGCAGCUGCACAAGAUAGUCUCUGGUGCCCCGGGGGCUCCUGCUCCCACAGCAGAGUCACCAUUUGAUCUCACCACAAAGCCCAAGGAGACCAAGUUAGCUCUUCCCACCCCAACAAACCCCUCAAACCCCAACAGUAGUACUGGGAGCAGUAGUGGACCUUUAGCAAUAUCUAGCAGUGAAGAACAGCCAUUGGACCUCAGCAUUGGCAGCCGGACCCGAGGAGGUCAUAAUGGUGUGUCAGCUGAGCCACAUAAUCGAAAGAACCACGUCUAUGGAGUUGGAAAGGGGAUCUCCAUCAAGGAUGAAACCCCAGCUGGAUUUCCACACCCCCUCUCCCAGUCAUUGCACCAAUCCUCCAUCUCCCAGCACCAGCAGCCCCAGGCACAGCCUCACCAGCCUCCACCCCUACACUAUGCCAAGCCCUCAGCAUUCUUCAUGGACCCCAUAUACAGCAGGGUGGAGAAGAGGAAGUUACUCGACCCCGUAGGAGCUCUGAAGGAAAAGUUCCUCAGGCCCUCACCACCACUCUUCCAUCCACAGAUGUCAGCCAUGGAGACCAUGACAGAGAAGUUGGAGAGCUUUGGGGCUCUAAAACUUGACGCGCCGCCCAAUUCGCUGCAACACUCAGCUCAUCCACUGUUCAAUUUCCGCUCACCACCACCUUCCCUCUCAGACGCCAUCCUCCGUAAGGGCAAGGAGCGCUACGCCUGCAGGUACUGUGGGAAAAUCUUCCCUCGUUCAGCAAACCUCACCAGACACUUGCGGACACACACAGGAGAACAACCCUACAGGUGUAAAUACUGUGACCGCUCAUUCAGCAUCUCAUCCAAUCUUCAACGCCACGUUCGCAACAUCCAUAACAAGGAGAAACCCUUCAAGUGUCACUUGUGCAACCGCUGCUUUGGUCAGCAAACCAACCUCGACCGCCAUCUCAAGAAGCACGAGCAUGAGAACAUUCCUGUGAGCCAACAGUCCGGGAUGCUUUCCAACCUAGGAACCACCAUCUCCUCGCCAAACUCCGAGCCAGACAAUCAUGCACUUUUAGAUGAGAAGGAGGACUCGUACUUCUCGGAAAUCCGCAACUUCAUUUCCAACAGUGAGAUGAACCAGGCCUCCAGCUCCAUGGAUAAGAGAUCAGACCAGGCCGAGGAGGAGCGCCCACCAAGCCACAGUCUGUCCAACUCCAAGCUAGGGCUCCAGGGGCUGGAGGAAGAGGAAGAGGAAGUGGAGGGUGACGACGAGGAGGAGGAGGAAGGCAGCCUGACAGAGAAGUCUCAUGAUGAGGCGCCUGAGUCCCCGUCUCCCGUCACGACAGGAGUGUAUGAAGAAGAUGAGGAAGAGGAAGAGACGGAGACGGCUCCAUUGGCUAUGAGCUACGAACACACUCGCAGGUGUAUAGAGGAGGAGGGCUCUCUCUUGGACCUGGAGGGUUUGCCUAGCUUUCCCAAGAGCCUGGAUGGGUUACGUAAAGCAGCCAGUGACGAGCAACCCUUUGAUGUUAAAGACAUAUUUAACACUUCGCUAGAGUCGGAGGCAUUGAAAGAGACUUUGUACAGGCAGGCCAAAACCCAGGCUUAUGCAAUGAUGCUGUCUCUCUCUGAGAACAACCCUUUGCAUGCGCCCUCCCAGAACUCUCUGGACGCUUGGCUGAGCAUGGGAGGUGGACCGUCUGAGACGAGCAGCUUUCACCCGCUCAACCACAUCUAGACAAAAGAGAGAAGAGGUGGGAGGAAGAGUAGGAGGAACAUAAGUUUCGCAAAUGGAUAGAAACGUGAGACUGAGUGGAGAUGAGUAGUGAGAAGACGUGGAUGCCUGGAGAAGAAUUCAGUGUCACAUACAUUCAAGAUAGGAAGUGUUUGUGUGGAUACGUGUGUUCAUUUGUGAGUGUGCGUGUGUCUGUGUGUGUAUGUGUGUGUGAGUGAUAGAGAUUGUCCCUAGGAGAGGGGUCUCGCAAGACUCUGUCAAAGAGAAAGCACUGCUAAGCUCCUGUUGAUGUGAAGGACAUGAUGAAUGCUUCUCAACAGCAUUGAAACUCUGCAUUACUCUGACCCUCCCCAAGUCCACAAGGCUCACUCCAGCACCACAGAGACCCUGCGUUAGGCUCUCAUAAAGACACUUAAUGACUUGUAUGUCUCUAAAGUCUGUGUACACCGCCUACUACAAGCACUGCAGCAUCAGCACUGCAUUAGCACUGCAUGUCCACAAGGUGGUGCUGUUUUACCAGGAACAUAGUAGGCGCGUGCACUAUUGUCUCCAGGUUUUCCCCACCUAUCAUGGGCAACUCAUGAACUGAUCUUGUUUCAAUUGUAAGUGCAGAAUCAACAAUAGCACCACACUAAAUGUUACUUGAGGAAAUGACAGUUCCAGUAGACUGUUUUGAUUUUUGAAUGAUUAAAAUGGAGAAUGAUGUUCGAUGUUCAAUGUGCAAAUGUGCACGGCAACUAGUGAUUUUAAUGAGCUAUCUGGGACACUAGCCAUUGUAAUUGGUUACCCAAUUUGAUCAUGCUGAAAAUGAAUUUAAAUCAUACUCAAAAAAUGAGGAAGUCUCUCUCUGCUUGUUUAUUUCAUCGUCAUUUGUUAAUUUUAUUUACUUACUUUCCUCUUAGAUACCACAGUAUUGUUUCUUUGUAGGCACCACAGUGCUAAAUUGUUAAUAUAAUUAUUUUAGAGAAGGACCAAAAUUGUAUGAUAUUGUCAUAUGAUGUACAAAAUAACCUAGAUGUUCAUAGCAAGAGUGGUAUGUGCCAAAUAACCCAUAGAAAAUGUUCUGUUCUCUGACAAUCAUUUCAUGUCCAAGGGGCUUGCAUUUGCUGUCAUAGAUUUGUUUUUCUUAUUACGCUCUUAUAUAUUUGAUUUCAGAAGUGUGUGUAUGUAUUUAUUUCUGGUUGUUUUGUCAUGACUGGAGGAGUGAAAAUGAAGAAAAGUCAUUUUAUCCCUCUUUUCUUGUUGCUGAAGGAAUGAACGCCUGUCAGAACGUGGGGGAGAUUCUGAAUCUCUGGUUUUGAUGCGUUAGUGUGCCAAAAUGGAAAGAACCCAUGAAAUUAACUGUUUUUAUUUAUAGUGAAAGAUAGUUGUAGUUAGUUUUAGAUCCUAUUUGGCAUUGUAACGUCCUGCAGUGUUUUUUUUUUUUUUUUUUUUUUUUCAGUUCAACCAUUAUAACCCAGUAUACUGAAUGUGUCUUGUUCAAAUUGGUUAAAGUAUUGGGGGGGGGGGGGCAGACUUGGACAACUUUUACUAUGAAUGUCAGAAAAAGGGCAUUACAUUGUCACACUAUUGAAUCUGACUUGUUUCUAUCACAUCAAGCUCCCUUCCUUUCCCUCUGUUUUUCAUUUGAUAGAUUUAGUGUAUCCAAAAACAAAAAAAACUUUUUAAAAUGAAAUGUCCUGUAUUACAUGGUCUAAAAGUCUAAAACACAGUCACAUCUGCAUGAACAUCUGGUCAUGCAAGAAGGAAGGCAAGGACUCAUGAAACCAAAAGAAUAGAGUAAAGUAAACCACAGAUAGUAUUAAAAUGGACAUCAUAUUUCUGCUGGUGGUUCCUGCCAAAACAUGUAAAAAAAAAAAAUGUCUAGUUGAUUCUGGACAGGGAAAACAGAAACACUUGAUCAUUAGUUUAACAUUACAGUAUAUUCCCUGUUCUUUCUGAGAUCAUACUGAAAACUCAUUCCAUGUGGUCCACAAAGUAGCUGUGUCAUGGAGGGCAUGAGUCAUUUACUGUAGAUAACUGUAGAUAGCUGCAGGAAGCACAGGGGGUUGAGUAUUGUUGAUCAUUGUUGCCUUGGUCCUUCCUGCAUACUGGGACUUUGAGAACUUGGCCUGAUGCUGUAUUUUCAAACUAGCACUUAAACCAUGUUGGUCUAAGCCAUAAAUUGAUCGGGCUUAGGUCUCUAAAGCUUAGAACACAGAAAAAUUUUCUGACAAGUUUCACUUUCAGUAGAUGAGCAACUUGUGCUGGACAUGGAGAAAUAAGAAAAAUCGAAAACGGAAGCACUGUAAUUUUUCUUCACGACAGCAGGUGGUAGUGUGAUGCUAGGACUACUGCAUCAUCUCAUUUUUCUAAAGACAGAAGUCUUUUUUUUACAAUUCUACUGAAUGAGAUUUCAGUCAUGGUAAACACAUUGUUUUCCAACUUGUGGUUAUAAAAUGUAAAGACUUGGGUCGCUGAGUUUUUAGGUUGAUUAUAUGUAGUAAUUCAUGUCAUGGACUACUGUAAUAAGUACGCGCUGUGUAAAGCAAAGGAAUUGAAGGCAUUGAAGUAUUCCAUUUUGCCAACUUCAGAAAGUAUUCUGGCAGAUGGUCGCUGAAAUAUAUUUCAGCAUAAUAGAACAUGGUUGCUGUUUUCCCCCCACUGUUACAGGAGAAGGUAAAAUAUACAUAUUGUUUCUUUUUAACUGUAUAGUAUUUUAAAGAAUGAAAAACAAUGGUGCAUUUGUCUGAAGAAAAAAAUCAUUGAAAAAUAUGGGUUUAAAUGGAUGGUGCUUGUUUUGUUUGAAUCUGAGUUGUAUAUCGCCUCUGUUAUGUUUAUUGAAAACAAACAAAAAAAAAGAUAUUGUGCAUGACGUGUUUAGCAGUCAUAAUGAUGUCCAUUUGUGAAAUGUGUAUCAAAUCAAAAAAAAAAAAGAGAAAAAAAAAAGAAAAGAAAAAAAUAAAUCCGUAGAUGCACUUAUUGUAAAUGUGGUUAGGUUAGUAGGUUUGACUUCAAGUUCUUGACUGCCUUACAGAUGUUUGGGCAGGUGGCUCUGAAAGACAUAGUAAAGACUUGUGGGAGAAGACAUAAUGAAAAACAAUAAAGGAUUGUAGAAUAAUAUUGAACAAUUCUGAAAUUGCAGUUCUUUUGAUGCUUGUGAUUAUUGAAGAUGUACUUUAGAGAAAUUUCAUUGAAAAGAUAUGACUCUGAUGUUAAUUCUGUAGAAUAGCAAUGUAUACCAAAUGUAAUCUUUCCAAUGCUAUGAAGAAUUUAUACAUGAAAUUGAUAUGCAAUAAAACCUGUGUGCUUUUUAAAUGAGAA